AUGUACAAUGUUGAGAAGCUGUUAGGAUCGAGGAAGGAUGGAUCUGGUCAGUGUGCUUCUACUGGUUCUAGUUCUGAUCUGAAUGUUCAGUGUCCGGAGACGCGUGUAAAAGCGAUUAGGAGUCCUGAGUAUUGUUGUAGUGGCGCGUAUGCUACACCGUCGACUUGUAGACCUUCGGUUUAUUCGGAGAUGUUUAAAGCUGCUUGUCCUCGGUCUUAUAGUUAUGCUUAUGAUGAUGCUACUAGUACUUUUACUUGCUCCGGUGGUGAUUAUACGGUCACGUUUUGCCCUUCUUCUCCAAGGUAA